UCUUUUGUUGUACUUCAGGUGAAGGUAAAAGCUCACGAGCUUCGCGGGAAGAAAAAGGAAGAGCUUCUAAAGCAGCUUGAUGAACUCAAGACUGAGUUGUCACAAUUGGAAGUUGCUAAGGUGACAGGAGGAGCUGCUUCCAAACUCUCUAAAAUGUAAGUUCAUUUUAAAAUCACACUGCUUAAGUUUUCAUGUGAUCUUUGUCCAUCUCUAGCCAUACUUUUAUUCCACUCACUUGAAGCCUCUCAUUCAAACCUCCUGUAAUGACAACCUCUCUGCCACAGCUGUGUGGCUAUAAUAUUGUGCCAAUAAUAUUGUAAAGCUGUUACUGGGGUUUCAGUAAUCAGUAAUCAGUGCAUUGCUGACAGAAAGAGUAACUGUGGACAACUGCCGUCUGCUAAUAACUCUGUCUAUCGUCUUUAGUUACCUAAAGUAACAUUACCUGUUUAGGGCUUGAAAUAAUGUCCAGUCAAUGGACAAUAGGCCCAUUCAUAUGAGGAAAAAUAAGACGCGUCUUACAUAAGAUGCGUCUUACAUAAGACGCGAACUUUCCGUAUAAACGGCACAUUUCGUCUAAAAUAAGACGCGGUUUAGCUAAGACGCAUCUUAUUAGAUAAGACAUGCUCGUAUAAAUGGUACAGUUCGCGUCUUAUGUAAGACGCGUCUUAUUUUUCCUCGUAUAAAUGGCCCUAAUGUCUGUGGCCAAGAUGAUCAUUUGUCCUAGCCUGUUCCAGGCUCCAAGAUAGUGGCAUCUGCAGUGAUCCAUCUAGAAACAGGCAGUAGUGAGUCCAGAGACUCGCACAGCCAAAAACCUGUGAGUCCCUUAGACAUAAGUGUGAGUCCCAUACUCAGGAGUUUGAGUCCCACAUGGUCUUACACCCAUCAGUGUAUGAGUUGUACCUAUGAGGAACACUUACAAAUCAAAAGAGGUGUUUGUUUCCAUAUAGUUACUUUCAGUCUUUGACAUAUUAAUGAAUAACUUUCUACAGGGAGCAAUCUCAAAUCUAUUUCUUACAUUUGAGCUCAUAGAUCCGCCUGUCCUUCCCUUUGUGCCAUUUUCCAGUGCACAAUCAAAAUUGAAUUUGGCUCUUUCUGGACCAAGUUUUACUCUGAUGAGCUAUGUCGUCAAGCCCCAAAUCAUGAAGAAGUGCCAGUAGCAAUUUGAAUUUUACUAGCGGGAUACUUGCCAUACACAGCCACUGUACACACUUGAAAAGCACCAGUAUGGCUUUAUUCUGCUUUGUUUCGCCUUUUCUUUGGGCUUCCUUGAAUGACUUUCUUAUCUCAGGGCUGUGGAUGCUGCUGUCAACUCUCCCAGGUAAUGCGGGAGACUCCAGAUUUUGAACCGUACCUCCCGGUCUCCAGAUUAGAGUCUGAAAUCUCCCUAAUAAUCACCAAAGUUUGCCAUUUCUUGUAGACUCGACUUUCUGACGAUGAAAUUUCGAAUAUUUUGCAUUGUUUGAGCUAUUUUAUUAACAUUGAACAUUUUCUUUUAAACUCCGGUAUGCCAUUAAAAUAUAAGCAAUAACAUGAUUGGUGGCAAGUAAACCAAUCAGGUCAAAUGUUACAAUUCCAACAACAUCUUUUGGCGAAAUGACGUCAUGGGCAGUGCAUUAUGACGUCAUCUACCAUUUCUCUGUAUUUGAAGACUUAAGGGGUUGACAGCCCUGCGUGGACAGCCGUUUUGUGUUCAAGGAGAUCAACAUGCAGAGUGAACACGUUGUUUUGAAAAUUUUGGCACUGGGCUUCCUUGCUCAUUCUGUUAGAUUUCCUUGUCUCUGUGCAGACUUUGCAGUACAUGCAAUUGCCAUUUUUUUUGUAAACCAUCCACUUACUUUUUCAGCCAGGGCUCAAAUAAUUUUCUUUCCUUGGAUUUAGCUUGUGCUGUUAUUGUCGCAUCAUCUUUUUUGAUUGCAGUUGCUGGUUCUUGUCCUUCUUUUUCUUGACAUUGAUUCUCAAAUGGGAGCUGUGUUUGCCCUUCCAGGCACAUAACUUUUUCCUUCUGAGUCCACCAAAGAAAAAUUAAAUUUUAAUGCAGUCAAUUUGAAUAACUCAUGUGCAAGCAACAGGACAAGAUAGAAAACAUGUGACGAGUCAAAGAAGAGACACUUCUGUAACCACUGACCAUGAACAGUGGGCCUGUGAUGGAGUUCGCUGAACAAUCACAUGCUACUUACUUGGCUAACUAUUGCAAAGUUUUUUGUAGAUAGAGAGGAAAAGACAUCAAGCCAUGAUCUUAAUAGAGAAAUGAUAAGUUUUUGCAUCCAAAGGGAUGCAUGCGGACUAAAUUUGCAUCUUUUUGGAAAUUUAUGAGUCUGAGAUGCGGGAUGCGCAGGUAGAUGGAUCACUGCAUCUGUGAAAUUGAGAAAGCGCAACACAAAGAUAAAAUGGGAGGAACUGGAGAGAGGAAGGGUUUUGCAUGAGAGGUCAUAUUUUAUACAACUCUUCUCCAAUGGGGAGGUGAAUAAGGGUGGAUAAAUACCAGGGUGUGCUGUGCACCCUGACAGGCAUAAUUGUUUUAGUAAAUCAGAUGAAUAAAAAUGAUAAUGUAUUUUUGUAAAUUAAUAAAAGUUUUUCAGGAAUACAAAUGUAUGUUUAGUGCAUUUUCACAAAUUGUUGCAAAUUCAGUAGGAAAAUAGUUCUCUACCCACCAGUAAACACUGGCAAGGCAAAUUUUGUCUUUUUCUUUGUAUUUGGUGCCACAGCUCCUCCUGGUUUUGGCUAAAAGUAUUUUUUCCAAAACUGUUGUGAGUAGAGACGUGAUAAAAAUGAUACUUUUUUUGUUACUUUUUUUUGUGACUAUUUUACCUCCAGUUUUUUUGGAAGUUCACGAGGUUUUUGAAUAAUUUGCCCCACUACUUAAACUAAAAGAAGCAUUUAGCUGUGUUUCAUGUGAGAAGGUUAUAAAAGUAAUACACCUGGCAUUUUUUUAAGUUUUUCAAAAUCCAAACAGUUUCAUUUCUGAUUACUUCUGAUGACAGUAUUUUGUCAGAUCUUCUUUCCUCGGUGGUGGCUGCUUGUUAUUGAAGAGUACACUAACUUGACUUUUACUGCCAAAUCAGCUUGCACAAUGAAUGGGAAAAAAUUAUUUCAAUUUCAUACAGGACAAACUUUGUGCCAGUCCUGUUUAUUACUUGUUUGGCAGUUGAACAUCACUGGCACUCUCGUAAUUGCUGCGGAGCGACCGUAGGGAGCGAGCAGCAACAUAAUCAGGAUUUAAGGGAAAUAUAUAAAGGGCGAACGAAUUCUCGAAUUCAUAACUUUUUACCACAAUGCAUUGCAUUUAACCACACUUUUUACCACAAUGCAUUGCAUUUAACCAGAGUGCAUUGCGCCACGAACAAGUCAAAUAAAAACACGGAGAAGUUCGCAUCGUUUGCUGCCCAGACUCAGAGUUUUCUUUGUAUCAAAUUUUCUACAGCACGGUUAGAGGUCUUACCAAAUUUAAGACACGCAGGAGUCUUUCAGAUGAGUACAAUGGUUAACUUGGGUAUUGGAUUUCAAUUCAAGAACCUUUGACUCAUCCAGGUCUUGAACCUGAUGAGAAGAUGAGUAUUUGCUCUUCGACUCCGCAACAUGGCGGAUAUACAAAUUCCAGCUUGCUGGAAGGUGAUGUGAAAGUGAGAAAAUGUCAUGCCAUGCUAUUCUUAAGAACCUGUAUGAGCCGAAAAUGGAUGUGAUUUUGACCAUUCGCUUCAAAAUAACAGCGGAAAUCGAGAUAACAAAACAUAUGUUUUGUGUCCUACGUUGCAGACGAGGACGUGUUUCGGCGUUUUGAAAAGCAUAAUUAUGUUCAUUCAUUCAUUGCCAUGGAAUAUGCGUUUACAUUGUUUUUUUGCUGCUAAUAGCUCGAUUAAUGCGGCUGGCGAUCAUCUUGCCAGCGGAAGUUUCACGGAAAAGGAAUUAAAUUAAAGACUUCUCCCAAUAUCACGUGUCUAGUCUCUGUGGUGUAGUGGUGAGGUGUAGUCACUUCGAGCCGAUGGUGCUGGGUUUGAGUCCUUCCGAACUCUUUUUUUUCCUUCUUUCUUUUUUUUUUCUGUUUUUUGUGUUGUUGUUUUCUAUAAAUAUAUAGCUAAAUAACUGUUACUUAAUAAAGUGCAACAGGAGCCCAUCAACAGCAAGAAAAGUAUCAUGUUUCAAGAGAAAAGAUAGUACACCCUAUAUUAAAAAUAUGGAUAAACAAUCUGAAUUUCUAUCAUUUCCUACAAUUUACAGUGGGAAAACCAGAGUUGAUAACCACUUGAUCAUUUUUAAAACAACGUUCCCACGAGUACUUUCCAACAUGUAAAUAGGACAUUCAAUGUCAUUUUCGAUUCCUUUAAGUCCCAUUGCCUAACUAAUGCCUCUUUUAGAUACCCUAGUUAUUGUUUAGAUACCUUACUUCAGUACAUUGUUACUGAUAGAAUUACUUUUGUUGCAGAAAACUUGUACGAAAGUCCAUUGCUCGUGUUUUGACUGUCAUCAGCCAUUCUCAGCGUGAGAACCUGCGAAAGUUCUACAAAACCAAGAAAUUUAAACCUCUUGACCUCAGGCCCAAGAAGACCCGUGCUAUGAGGCGUGCCCUCACCAAGCAUGAAGCCUCUCUGAAGACCCUGAAACAGCAGAAGAAGCUAACACACUUCUCACUUAGGAAAUAUGCUGUGAAGGAGUAA